AUGGUUAACUUUGACAGGGAGAAUCGCUCACACUACGAAUUUGAGGUCUCGAGUGUUUCGUUGCUUCGUCACGAAACUUACAGUCCCCCCUUUGCGCACGAUUGCUCACUGAACCAGUUUUGGUAUAUUGUCAUUAAGCCGCUACACGAAUAUUGUGCAUUAUACCUGGAGCCAUAUCACAAUCCAAACGCUUCUCAAGCUGAUAUAUUCAUGGCAAGACUCACGAGAUGCACCUACAAGAUUUAUGCUAGGAAUUUGAAUGGUACUGAGAUCAUUCCGAUCAGUAGUAAUAGGGAGGGAACCUAUGUAGUAUACAAAAAAUCUGCUUUGAUGGAGACAAUAUUAGUAGGUGUGAAGAUGCCUAUAGUCGGGGUCAGCGAAGAUCCCCUGAUUUCGAAGUUUAUUGCAAAGCUAAUCUCACCACCAAAUUUACGCAACGUCUGGAGGAAAGGAUUGCGUCUUUCCAACACUGCAGAUGUUAUGUUUAGAGUUGGUGAAGAUGAAGAAAAAUUAUUCGCAAAUAGUGCGAUACUCUCUAAGAAAUCAAAAUACUUUAGGACCCUUUUUGAAGAGAAUUGUGAAAAUUGCAUCUCGGCGAACGAAUAUCAUUUUGGAAAUCGACACGAAAUUCGAAUCCUCGACUUCUCUUACAACACCGUCCUGCAAAUGCUUCGAUUCAUAUACACCGGAGAAGCAUAUGCAUCAACAAGAGAAGAGAUCUAUGAUAUCUUCAGCAUAGCAGAGAAAUACAAGAUCAAUGGAUUAAAGCUAAAAUCCAGAAGGCUUAUAUUGGGCAUACUUAAUAUCGAAACAGCAGCUGAGAUCUUAUGCAAGCAUGCGUGGAAGCAUCCCGAGUUGAAAAUAGAGGUGAUGGAUUUUAUGAUCAAGAAUUUUUCGCAAAUUAAAAAGACCGACGGGUAUCAAAAAUACAUGAUGAAUUAUGCCGAGUGUCCAAUGUUUAGAGUUCUGAAUUUUGAGAUUUUGAUGGCAUCUCUACCAGAGUCUUUAAAUUGA